ACCAUCAUCCCACGAGCAGAUCGACAGGAGUGGGAAGAGCAAGUUUAGGACCAACCAAGGAUGAAGAGCAGCACGCUGGUGGCGAUCCUAAUCCUCCACACCAUGACGGUCAUGGGAAUCCUCUCACAGGCCGCCGCUAACGAUAACUUCCCCAAGUGCUGCGACAAGUGCGACUCCUGGUCGGGGUACCAGUUCUGUGACGACGUCGGCCCCAGGUGCCGCCACGGCUGCGCCAACUGCCAGGUGGUGCAGAUGAGGCCCGUGAAGACGUUCCGGUGUGGAGAUGGACGCCCGGUCUUCGACGGGCAGGGCACGCCCACGCCCUGCCCGCCGCCGUGCAAAAAGCACUGAUCGCUCCAGCUCCCUCAGACACUGACGAGAUCGAUGUUGCGCCCAAAAUAUAAAAUAAAAAGGCUCCGGUGAGAUGAGCAGAGCCACGCCCAGCGUUCUCUUUCCUUUGAGAGAUAAUAUAGUUGAUGUAGCU